AUGUUCGCCAAGCAUGUUCUGUGCAUUGCGGCUCACGAGGUUCCUGCGGCCGUUCGGAAUAUUCCGCAGUCUCCCCUCAUCUCAUUUUUGCAUCCUAUUUCCCACUCCUUGCAGGACGUCAGGUACAACGUACGACAGACCCCUGGCCACGCAUGUCAACCUUCCCGGCCCAUGACGGCCAUAAAGAGCUACAUCUUCGCUGGGUGGAAAAUAGGUCUGCGUCGAGAUCUAGACUGGAAUUGUAGCCACAAGUUCGAUCCUGGUCGUGACGCUGCCGUCGUCCGACAGCGUCGGAGGGCUUGGGCUCAGCUGAAUGAAGAGACGAGAACACACCCCCUCAAAAUCUCUCAUCGGCGACCGAGCAACCCAGUCACUGAUGACGCCGCCCUAGGCACGUUCGACGCAUUUGCCACGAGGGAUCCAUUCCGUAUGAGUUAUCCGACCGUCUGGCAACUUGGCGACGCGACGCCACAGACCCUGAUAAGUGCAAACCACGAGUCCAACGUCCGUCGUCCACGAAUCUGGGGAUGCCUCCACUCCUAUACAACGUACAACGUACUAAACAACAAGUCCAUUGCCAGCGCCCGAUUCCGUCCAAUGCUUUGCCUCGUCCCGAUAAGCGAACAAACUCGACCGUGCCUUCAUACGGCUGCUUCGGAUAUGCACUUCGGCCUCGACCUUUCUCCUCGUUCCCGGGAGCGAAAGACAUUCCUCGGCGUUUACCUACCCAACCGCACUGCCGAAUACGAUGCCACCGAGAAGGUCCCACAAGAAGUCGAGAGCUGGGUGUCGGAGAUGCAAGACUCGGAAGAUCAAGAGGAUCAUCAAUGCGGCAAUUGCGUCAAACAUGGCGUACCAUGCGACUUUGAAGCCCCAAGUCUCGUGAUCCCCGUCGACGACCCUCCUUCAGCACAGACGCCCGUGCCGUCGCUAGCGGCACUCUCGCCCAUUUCGUCCGUCACUACACCUACCCUAUCGACAGCCGUCUCCGCUGCCUCCCCCUUUCUACAUCCAGUCAGCGAUAUAAAGACACCGACGCCGAUACACGCCUCGCCCGCCGUGUUCGCCGCUGCACCACUCCUCAGGGCGCCGGCGUCUGCACCCAUCCGUGGUUCGACGUCUCCCCACAACAGGCUGCUCGAGUUGCGCCUCAUCCAUCAAUACACAUCCAUGACAUCCCGGACCUUGGUCGUCAACUCGCCCAUCACCGACGACAUCUGGCAAAAUACGGUCCCCCGUCUCGCAUUCGAAGGUGAUGGCGCAUCGUACCUCGCCGAUGCCAUGCUCGCCGUUGCUGCCCUCCAUCUCCGCGCUCUUCACCCAGGAGACAAGGACCUCGUCCGCGCCUCGCAUGCCUACAUGGCCUCCAGCCUUUCCGAGUACUGCGCCUCGUUGAACAAGGGCAUCAGCCAGAACAAUGCCGAGUCGCUCUUCCUGACCGCCACCCUCAUCGCCUUCCAGUCGAGCGCCUCGCGCAUCUUCAUCCGGGACGAGGCCGACCCCAACGACCCCACCAGCGUCUACUCGCUCCCCCUCUCCUGGUUCCACGCCUUCCAGGGCGUCAAGACCGUCGUCGCCUCCUCGUGGCCCUGGCUGCGCACCAGCAACAUCGUCAUCCCCAUCAUCGACUCGCAGCCCGUGCUCCAGCUCGACCUCGACGCCUGCGGCGCCACCUCGUUCUUCGGCCACCUCCUCGAAGGCCUCGACGCCGAACUGUCCGACGAGCCGGAGGAGGAAGCCGACCCCGUCGUCGCCGCCGCCACCCGGCAAUCCUACCUCCACGCCGUCGCCGUGCUCAACUGGGCCCACAAGCUCCCGCACCGCGGCGCCGCCCUCGCCUUCCCGGCCACCGUCUCCAAGCGGUUCCUCGACCUCCUCGAAGCCCGCCGCCCCCGCGCCCUCGCCGUCCUCGCCUGCUUCUUCGCCCUCCUCAAGAGCCUCGAGUCCGUCUGGUGGCUCCACGGCGCCUCCCGCCGCGAGGUCAUGGGCAUCGUUUCCCAGUUCGAGGCCACCAGCCCCUGGUGGUCCCACCUGGAGUGGCCCGUCCGCAUCGCCCUCUACGACGGCGCCGUCAUCCCACCCGACGUCUGGGGCGCCGACUGGGUGUCGGAGGAGAGCCGCAAUGACAAGAGCGCCACCAUGAUGAAUGAGACCUUUGUUAGCCACAUUGAGAUCCUUUCCGGCUUGCUCGCUAGGGCGCAGGCUUUGCCGCCCGUUCCCAUCCCGGCUGAUGCGCUGCCUGACCGGAACAGGAUCAUCAAGUCCAUCGGAGUAUGGAAAAGCAUGUUGGCCAACACCAGGCCACACCAUAUGGUCUAA